GCUACCACAGAAGGAAACCCUAAAAUCUCCGAGCUGGCAGCAGCGCCUACGAAGAAAGGAAGAAGCAAAAAAGCGUCAAAUCCCACCACCACCACCGUGGCAGCUAUGGCGAGCCCCACCCGAGAAGAGAUCGUGAACUCUGAUUUGGAGAAACAGGUGCUAGCAAUGCAGGUGGAGCUCGAGAAGCUCAAGAUCGUAAAGGAGGAAGCCGAGGCGAAUAUGAAGAGCAAAAAGGUGGAGCUCGAUAGGCUCUACAACAAGAUCAAAGACGAGUCUAAUGCAAAGGUAGAGGAAGCCAAAUCUAACCCAAAGGUGGAGGAAGCUAAAUCUAAUAAUGCAAAGGCAUUAAGCAUACUGAAAGCGUCUCUUACGUCCACGUCUGUUCUCACUGAUGCUCUGCUCAAUUCCGUGCCGAUCAAACAACCAAAUACAGAAAAAGGGGAGAUUAAAACAGGAUUCAAAGAGAAUUCCAACAAACGGGUGAAGCAAGAAGUCUGAAAGUAGUGCAAAAUAUUGUUUACUUUUGCAGCUUUGUUUUUGUUUUAUUACAUCCUUAGUUUUCAUGAAGCAGGAUAUUGUUUUUUUUUUGUUGGC